UCCUAGUCAAUCGCAAUGAAUCAUAUUAUGAAUAUUUGUGUGUUUCUAGGUACAAGGACAGUCACGUGGUGACAGCGCGGGCCGCUGUGACGGUGAUCCACCCUGAGCUGGGAUGUCUGAUCAGCUGCAUCGAGCUGCAGAAGUAUUCUAUAAUACUGCUGUACGCGGAGGAGGGAUGCAGCCCAGUGGGCAGUGUAAAGGCCAGGGCAGACUCCCCCGACCUCCAGCGCUGCUUUUUCCAGCUCAGUGCUUUGGGAAUGGACCCUGUCAUCCUGCUUGGAGGUUUCUCAUCCUUCCACUCCCUCUACUCUUUCCUCUGCACCCCACGCAUGGUCCUGCUUGAACCUGAGCGGCACACCCUCACCAUCUACCCCUCUGAGAUCCUGGAGGGAGCUCUCUACCAGGGCUCAGCCUCCCAGGCCUCCGACUACCGCAUCAUCAAGAACCUCCACAUCACGCACGUGGUCAACGCCACCGCCAACUCCCCGGACGCUUUCCCCAGCACGCUGCGCUACCUGAGGCUGCGCCUCAGCGACGACGCCCAGCAGGACCUGGUGGAGGCCCUGCCGCUGGCGUCCAGGUUCAUCAGCGCGGCGCUGAAGGCCGAGCCCGCCGGCCGCGUCCUGGUCCACUGCAGCAUGGGCAGAAGCCGCAGCUCCGCGCUGACGCUGGCCUUCCUCAUGGAGCACCGCCGCUGGUCGCUGCUCCACGCCCUGCGCUGGCUGAAGGAGAGGAGGGCGUGCACGGCGCCCAACGUGAACUUCCUGCGCCAGCUGCUCACCUACGAGGAGCAGCUGUUCGGGAGCAGACUCACCUCCCUGGACGACAUCCGCCGAUGA